CUACAGUCUACACUACUGUAAAUUUUUUUCGUUUUUAUUCUGCGUUUCUCGUCACAAUGAAUUUGAUCAUGGGUGAAUUUAACAGACUUCCUCGAUAGCUUUUGUAAAUGCUUGAUAAUAAAAAAAUAAAAUAUUUAAUAUGUAAAAAUAAAGUUUAAACAUUUUGUUCUCUUUUAUUUUGGCAUUUAAUUACAUUUAUUUUGUAGUUACCUAUAAAUAUAUAGUUUAGUCAUUACAAAAUAAUAUAUUAAGCCAUUAAUCAAUCCCUACAGUAAGUUUUCCGUCCUCAAUCAUAAUAUAGAUGUAUUUGUUAUAAUAUUAUAAAUAAUUAGAUAAUACGUUCUACAGCUAACGAUGACUACUAGGGCAGUUCACUAAUGGCUGAUCGGGCAAGUGUUGAUUCUACCGAAUCUGCUAGCACAAGUGAUGAAUAUGAAAUUGUCCCCACAAAUUCGUUAAAUGUGACAUACUUAUCAAAAUCAUUGUAAUACAUUUUAAUAAUACUAGUAUCAUUUUUAUAGAAAUGUGAUGGUCGACCUGAGUUAAAGAUUGGCGGUGAUGGUGAUUUGGAACACAUGCAAAAAUGUCUUGGUGAAAUAUUGAAUGAAGAGAAUGAAAGUCAACCAAUAAACAAAACGAUGGCCGAUAAAGAUACUAAUAAUGAUACAACACAUUUGACCAAAAUUCCAGAACCUGUUUUAGAUGAUAUAAGUAAAUGCAUACAUGAAUAGGCACCUUAAAAUGUUUUAAUUUAAUAAAGUAGCCAUUUAAACUUAUAAAAAAAAUGUAACAUACAUUUUAAUUAAUAUCUAAGUAUGUAGCUUAAAAAAUAUUAAGAUAUGCCUGUAUAGUGUAUAUUAUGUAAAUAAUAAUUUAGGUAAAAUUCAAAAAGGUACAAUGUUUCAUGGAAUUUCAUAUCUUGGAUCAGCUAGUAUAACACACCCCAAAGACAAAAUAGAAAUAUUAAGAAUUAUGGCCAUAUUAAAUGGAGAACAUGUCGCUGAUCAAGAUAUGAAAAUAUCAGUAUCUAUUCCAAUUUCAUCUGACGGAGCUGUUAUGUAAGUAGUUGAAACUCACUAAAAUAAUUUAAAAUACCUUGACUGCAUAAAUAGUUUGUUUUGUUAUAAUUGAAAGAAUGGGAAUUUGUUUUUGUUAUAGUUUAUUUGAUGGAACAAGCAAUACAAUAAUAGCCCGUUAUGAAAUUGAAAGAAUAAUGUUUUACGCUAAUGGUGUGAGUGGAACUAAAGAAGCAUCGUGUUUUGCCUUUAGUUGGGCACAUGGUGAUCCUAAAGAAAAUGCGCUAUUUCAAUGCCAUGUAUUCCGUUGCUCAAUUCCAGAAGCGGUAUGCAACACCUUUUAAGUCGUAUUUUUAGAAUUUAUUAAAAUAAUAGCUAAAUCAUAUUACCUUGCCCGUAUUUUACCUAAGUAAUUGUUUUUGUUUUAACCAAUUAUAUUUACCUAUUUUUAAUUUUCCAUUAAGCUUAGUUGUCAUCAUAAUAUUCAUUUAUCUGGUGUAACAGUUGUUUAAACAGUUUUUUUAUCAUAAAGCUUAUACAUGACAGGUGAACCGUGUAUCCAACUGUUUUGUGAAGGCCUUUCAAAAAGAAUCAAAAUCUACUGUGAGUUCUAUAUUACCACAAUUAGAUUCAAACGUAACCUUAGAUAUGCAAAAUAAGAACGGUUCUACUGAGAUUUUUAUUUUUGAAGUGAGCAUGGAAAUAAAAGAAGAUGAUGGAAAGGUAAUAUUUUGAAAAUUAUUUUAUGUAUAGUAAUUAUUUAUUCUAAAUAUUUGUUAUACAUUACAUGUAUGUAAAGGGAGGAUUUAUAUCAGUACCAAGAGAUAGAAAUUUUCUUAAGCUUAGAGCAAAUGUAGAAAAACAAGUGUGUUUAACUAUUCACCAAGUAGUAUCCGGAACUCAGCAAAGAAUAUUGCAAUUAGAACGAUGUUUUGGUGUUCUAGUAUGCCCAGGUCGUAAUGUAAAGAAAAGUGAUAUGCAACUUUUGGACAUGGUAAGUAAUUAUUGCCUAUAUGUUUUAUAUUGUAUAAACUACUAUAAUUUAUGUAAAUAAUUGACCAAAUAUAGGUAUCCAUGGGAACCGAUUUAUCAGAUACUGAUGGAUGUAAUACCAUUUAUUUAAUUACUGGUCACUGGGACCCUUCAGACAAAGUAUUUGAACCUCUAAACAGUGAAACUCAAUGUUCCUAUAUUACUGUUGCAGUAGAUUUAGUUAUGCGUAAGAUUGAAGAACCCGUACGAUUAUGUAUAGAGACUCCCAUUAAAGUAUAUGCUGCCAAUGAAAGAUUUUGGGUUUUUGGACGUAGACAAGUUACUCAUCAAUUUUAUUUAAAUUUGCAACAAGUAUGUAUGUUUGUAUUUAUUUUGUGGUAGUUUUAAAAUAUGAAUUUUAUUUAUAGAUUAAUUCAGAAAAUGUUGAUAUUGCUUACAAACUUUUGAAUAUUGAUUCUUCUGGUGAAAUGGAUAAAAGUCGUUUAAAUAUGACCUUAAACAAUUUGGCUAAUUUUAUUAAAACUCAAAGUGUUAACUCAAUUGAACUGUCUUCUCCUAAAGAUGAUGAUUUAUCUGGUAAUCUAACAUUAUAUUGUAUUAAUCAAUUUAUUAAAAGAAGUUUUAAUUAUAAAAAAUAAUUUAUAUAAUUUGUAAUUAUUGAUUUUUUAUAUAUAACAAAAAUUAGAAUAUUUAAUUUUAUAGUUUGAGAUAAUUUAUUUAUAAUUAAUGUUACAGAUAAUGAUGAGCCUUUGGUAAGUGGUACUGGGGACGUGUCUAAAGAGUGUAAUGAAGUGGAAUUAGAAUCGUGGAAAGAUGUUUUAUUAAAAUGGGCUACAUGCAAAUCUCCUCCUGCCAGACAGUUAGCAAUACUUGUUAAAGAAGGUAUACCUGAAGCUUUACGUGGGGAAGUGUGGUUUCGUUUAGCCAAAGCUGAUUUAGAUCCAAAACUUAUGGAUACCUAUAGAAUACUUAUUACUAAGGUAAUAAAUAAUUAAAUAGCCAUAAUCUUAAGAAAACAUAUUUGCAUUUAGUUUUUUACAUCAGUCCUCUAAAAUUGCUUUACAUAAAACUUAAAUAUUUUAGUGUUUAGAUUUAAUGUAGAUUAUUAUAAACACGUGCAGUUAAAUCUGAAGAGAAUAUUUUUUUUUACGAAAUUUUACUAUAUUUUUCUGUGUGUGUGAUAAAUAUAAAUAGUAAAUUUAAGUAUUACAAUUUCUCUUUAAUUAAAUUAUUCAACUAACUACUGUUAUGAAUUAUAAAGAAAUGCAGAUUUAAAAUUGGUUCAAUAAUUUGUAUUAUCAAACAAUUUAUAUUGUUUCUUAAUUUAUUUAAAUUAUCUUUUGUUAUUGUUACUUCAUUAUUAUUGCUGCUAUUAUAAGGAUUGUGACUGUGGUGGAACAAUUCAACGUGAUAUCCAUCGGACUUUUCCGGCUCAUGAUUUCUUUAAAGAAGCUGGAGGUAUUGGUCAAGAUAAUUUAUUUCAUUUAACUAAGGCAUAUGCCGUGUAUGACACUGAGGUCGGUUACUGUCAAGGUCUAACAUUUCUUGCCGCUACUUUACUGUUACAUGUAAUUGAUUUUUUUAUUGAUUUUUUUAAAUGAUUUUACUCUAAUAAAUAUUUAUUAGUUAACAGUAAUUAUUCAUUUAAUUUAGAUGCCUGAAGAACAAGCCUUUUGUGUCCUAUUAAAACUAAUGUACGAUUAUGGCUUAAGAGAAUUUUAUAAAGAUGGUUUUGAAACAGUUUAUUUGAAACUAUAUCAACUGAAUAAGCUCAUGGAAGUUAGUUAAAUUAAAACUUUAAAACUUAAUUUUUCAACCUAAAUUUUUUCUUUCACUUUUUAUCCAGGAACAAAUUCCUCAACUUUUUAAUCACUUCAAUGCUAACGGAAUCGAAGCCCACAUGUAUGCCUCUCAAUGGUUUCUUACACUCUUCACAGCAAGGUUUCCAUUGUUUUUUGUAUUUCGUAUCAUGGAUGUGGUACUUCUUCAAGGAUUGGAUACAUUGUUUCAAGUUGCAAUUGCUUUAUUACAGGUAUUAUUAUUAAAUAUAUAGCAUGUAUUAGAUAGUUAAUCAACCAAGAUCAAUACAGCUUAUUAAUAAAUAUAUUAUAUAACUAAUUUUCGUUUUCAGUAUUGCAAAAAAGACUUGCUACUAUUAGAUUUUGAAAACAUUCUCAAAUAUUUUAGAGUAACAAUGCCAAAAAAAGUACGUAAUGAAGAAGUUGCCAGACAUUUAAUAAAAAAUGCUUGUGUUGUCAAAUUAAAGAAAAUUAAAAAAUAUGAACACCAGUUUUUAACAUUGAAAGGUAAAAUUGUUACUGAGAAUGUUAAUCAAUAAAUAUUAUACGCAAUAUAUAAUAUGAACAUUUUUUUUUCAAUAAUUAAUUGGUUUACAGAGGCUCAAGAAAAUGCUGAAAAUUUUACUAGUGAAUUAGAUCAAGUGAAAAUGACAUUAAAGCAGACUGAAGAAGAAAAAAGUCGCCUUGAAGAAGAACUCACUAGGGUAAAAAAAAAAUUCUAUAUUUUAUAUGUAAAUACAUAAAAUUAUGUUACAUUUUAUUUAGGUAAAAAAUAUAUUAAAAAAAGAAAUUACAAAAGCUGAUACAGAGAUUAACAGAGAUCAAACAAUCAUUAAAGAAUACAAACAAGUAAAUAAUUACAAAAUAUUUAUAAUUGUGUUAUAUUUAAAAAUGAAGUAGAUAGGAUACAUGAGUAAAAAAAACCAAACAACUUAUAAACAUAACCACAAGCAAUAAUUUAUAGGAAAUUUAUCAAAAAUAAAACUUAAAAUUAUGUACAAUGUACUUACAUUUUUAACACACUAUAUUGGAUUUUUUACAGUGUUUAUCCAUUAUGUGGCCAUUCAAUUGAUUAUUUUUUGUGUGUAUCCAUGUGACUCAGGAAUCUUUAAAAUUAAAUGAUAUGUUAAAUUGUCUAUUGAAAUUUCUUAUUUUGUUAUAGGUAAAUUUUUAGAUAUAGGAUAUGUCCUAUGUCCUAUAAAAUACCAGGAGUUUAAAUCUAAUAAUACUCUUUUAUUAAAUUGUUAUUCAAAUAUUGGACCAAUCAAUGUUAUUCUUUGGGAUUCACAUAUAUAGUUAUUUUAUUUGCCUUUGAUAGAACUUUUUUUUUUAUUUAUUCUAAUUUUAAAAAUAUAAAUAAUUUCUUUGUAGAUAUGUCAAAGACUGGAUGCCGAACAGGCUUCUAUGAGAGCUGUUAUAAAAUUGCUUAAAGUAAGUAGAUUCCAACUUUAAACCAGUUGAAUGACUUGUUUUAUUAUAAUAUUUUAAUACAAUAAUUUUUUUGUAGAAUACGUUAAGUGAAUGCACCAGAUGCAGAUCAUUUAUUGAAUCACCAUUGUUAAAUAAUGAUAAUAUGUUAUCUCAAAGUGGAACUACUGCAGACUCAGUAACUGAAGAAAAUAAACUUUCUAAGCGAAUUACUGAACUUGAAAUUGAACUUGCUCAAACCAAAUUGGCCUUAGUUGAAUCAGAAUGUAGAAAUCAGGUACAUAAUAAUUUUUUCCCAAUGUGUUAAAAAAAAAAAAAUGACACCCAAUUAAGCUGCCAUGUUAAUAGGAUUUGGGACAUAGGUUGGGUGUGACGUUUUCGGAACUUCAAGCGUCCAAAAACACAUUACCUCCAUGGUUACAAAAAACUCUGACAUCAAUCAAAGAAGUAACCACCAAUAAGACAAAUGAACAACUACGUAUGAUUGUCAACAGAAGAGAUUCUGCACCUAACACUCGGUCAUACGAACUGUAAAAGAUAACCACAUAAAUAAAAACUUAUAUGAACAAAUACUUAAUAAUAAUUAUUAUUUAUGGUACUUUUUACAGUAUACUAUAAGUUAACAAUUAUAAAUUAACAAAACAAUUAUUAGAAAUGAGCUUUUUUUACUAAAAUAUGUUUAUAUUAUUAAAAUAGUAUAAUUUAAAUUAUACAUUUUGGUAUAGGCUGUUAGACAAAUUAUUAACUAAUUAUUUAUUUAAUACUUAUUUCAUUAAAAUAAUGUUAUCAUUCCAAUAUCCAUUACUCUUUGUUCAAAUUAUGUUGUUAAAAUGCGAUAAAUGAAUUAUUAUUCUUUAUAGUAAUUGUUUUUGUUUUAUUUUUUUUUUUUUUUUCAAGAAUAAUAUUCUUGUAGAUUACUUACCAAAUUUCCUUAAAUAUCAAAUGUUU